GUGGCGACGGAGGAGAACCCGUAUGUGGUCAAUAUGGCGAAACGUUAGAGCGGAGCGUGUGUAUGGAUGUCAAAACUUCGUGAAAAAAGAGAGGCGCUUCCUUUCGAGCGAAUGUAGAUGAACAUACCAUGGAUUCUGACGAGAUUCACGGAGGCGCCGUCGAGGGGAAGGACGAGGAGGAAGAUGAGGGGGAGCCUGAGUCCCCCUCGAGCGGCUCGGACUGUAGCGAUGACCUGGAGCCUGAGUGGCUCGACGAUGUCCAGAAGAACGGGGAGCUCUUUUACCUGGAGCUGAGCGAGGGAGAGGAGGAGGCUGCACUGGUUCAGUCCACUGUCGCUCAGGGACUGGCCACCAAUCACGUGCGCUUCAGUGAGCAAGAGGCGGAAAUCAUCAGCGACAGUGGCAGGUGCAAGGAGAGCAUCAAGAGGGAGCCCAAGCUGAAGAGACUGGUCAAGAUCUUGAAGAAGAAGAAGAAACAGCCUUCAGAGCGGCGCGGACACAGCAAGCGCUCUUUAGGUUCAGGUUCGGCUUCCAGCCGAGGUGGCGCCAGCUCCUUGCAGCCCGCCUCCAUCCUCAAGAACCAGGCUGGCCAGCGGUCCGGGGUGUCGGUCCAGCAGCAGCAGCACCUGAAGGAGGUGCGCGUCUACCUGAACCCGAGGCGGCUGGGCGGCUGCUCGCCCACUCCUGAGCGCGGCGGCCUGCUGGAGGCGCUGCUGGGGGUGCUGCACCGGCCCGCAUCGGCCGAGGGGGCCACGGGUAGCGGCGGGCGCGGACAAGAGAAACUCGCGGUCCAUGGCCUGGUGCCAAACAGCCCUGCCAUGAAGUGCGCGCAGAUCCUUGUUGGGGAUGUCUUGGUUGCCGUUGACGAUGUGGACGUGACGCCAGAGAACAUCGAGCGAGUGCUCUCCUGCAUCCCGGGCCCAACGCAGGUGAAGCUGACACUGGAAACGGCCUCCCCGUGCGAAGGCGCGAACUCGGGGCGCCCUGGCGGUCGGCCGUCGGCCCAGGUCGGCCAGCUGGUGAAGCUCCUGUGGGGUGAGGACACGGCGGAGCUCCAGAUGUCCAUCAGCCACAUCCCGCACAUCAUCAUGUACCUCUCCCUCAAGCUGGAUUCAGAAUCCAGCAAAGAAGAGCAAGAGAUCCUCUACCUGUAUCCUGUAUCUGAGGCAUCCGGCCAGCUGAAGGGGGUCCGGGGCGUCUUCCUUACGCUGUCUGACAUGCUGGAGGGCGUUACGGGGGGCCGCAUCGUCAGCUCCUCCCUGCUGCUCCGCCAGCACUUGGUGCACGUGGGCUACUGGAAGGAAGGGGGCCACCUGCUGGUCGUCGGCCUGCCUGCAGAAAGGGUCCCGCUGCUCCAGCUGAGCACGGUGGUGGGGGGCGUGGCACGCACGCUCGCAAUCAUGUUCGGGUCCUUGGACAGGGCCUUCUGUGAGCCGGACCACGGCUCCCGACUCGACCACUUCUUCUGCCUCUUCUUCCAGAGACUCCUCCAGCCAUCCUGGCUCACCGAGGCCCCCGGAACCCUUCCUCCCGAUGUCUCCGGGGCCCUUUUCCAGGACGGGCUGCCUGGAGUGCGCUGGUUGAGCCUCCCCCCGGAAAUGAAGGUGGAGAUUGACACAAUUCUGUCUGAUUUUGAGUCAUCAGACUUUGGAGAAAUGUCGGAGGACUUCUUUGGCUUGCGCCGACUCUACGUCACGCUGGGCUCCUGCCUCUUCUACAAGGGCUACCUCAUUGCGAACCACUUGCCAAAGGAAGACCUGCUGGAUGUGUCACUCUACUGCCAACACUACUGCCUCCUGCCCCUGGCUUCUGAGCAGCGCAUAGGCCAACUCGUCAUCUGGAGGGAGCUGUUCCCCCAGCGGCGCUCCCCACUGGCUCCGCCCACCUCGUCUCCGGGCUACGGCAACACGCACGGCCGCUGCUUCCUCCUCAUCGUGGGGCUGAGGCACUUCCUGCAGUGCGUGCUGCUGGAGGCUGGCGGGUGUGCGGCCCCUGCCGUGGGGGAUCCGGGGCCUGACUGCGUGUACGUGGACCAGGUGAAGGCCACCCUCCUGCAGCUGGAGGGGCUGGAGGGUGCGCUGGAGGAGCGUCUGGCCACACCCCCCAUCCCCUGCCUGUCCUGUGCCGACUGGUUCCUGCCUUCACCCCGCGAUCGGCUGGACACGGCGACAGCUUCACCCGUCUUCGGCAGGCUGUCCAGGAGGAGCCCGUUCACGGACGCUCGCGGUCGAAGGACGAGCCCCCAGCGCAGCUUGUCAGACAGCGGCAGCGAGGGCCCAGGAGACUCGACCCCCGACGUCAACAGGAAGCUGGGGGGACGUCGGGACUCGCUGGGCUCCGGGGGCUCUGACGGCAGCGGUGGAAGUGGGAGCCUCUUCAAGAUCCCUAGGAAGCGGCACCCAAACCCUUUCUACCUGGGCACCCUGAAGAAAAGUUUGUCCGAGAGGGAGACCGAGGAGAUGUACAACACCAUGAAGCUCACUUCGGGGGCAGAGAACACGCUCUUCCACUACGUGUUCAUGGAGACAGUACAGGGCGUGUUCAUCGCUCCCACCCACCGCGAGGUGGCCCAGCUCAGCGGCGCCAUCCAUCCACAGCUCAUCCGCAACUUCCACCGCUGCUGCCUGUCCAUACGGGCCACUUUCCGGCAGAGCUUGGCGUCUUUGGAAAAGUAUGGUGGAGAUGUUCCUCAGGGGGCUUGUGGGCUCGGCCUGGUGAAGGAGCACGGUGUCCUGUUCCAGUGCAAACCCGAGAACUGGACGGACCAGAAGAAGCCUGCACCCACCAUGACCUACUGGGUCAUCGGGGUCCAGCUGGCAGACUGACUGCAUCCUGCUGCAUCCCACUACUGAGCGCCACCAUGUCUCCUAUCAACAUUGUAGCUCAAUGUGUCUAAUUGCCGUUCAAAGCCUUCGAGAGUUAAGUAUGAUUGUGGAAAUUUUGGAUCACAUUCAGUAAUCAUUUUGAUACAACCAAUUUAAAUGGAACACUGUCUUUGCAUAACUAGAUAUAAAAAUAUGUUUUGCUGCAUCAUCUGAGUUGUACAUGUGCAUCUUUUGUGGUUGUGUUUUUGUUGUUUUACAGUAAAUGGGUAUUCUUUCCUAUGUGCCCAGUAGACUUAAUUACAGUUUCAGUAACGGGAACUGCACAGUCUGACCGCAAGACCCUACAGCGAGUGGCAAGAACAACUGAAAAGUUCCUCUUCCCACCAUCGACUCAUCAUACAAAAACUGCUGCAUCUGCAAAGCCACCAGCAUUUUGGACGACCCUUCUGACCCCUCUCAUGGACUCUUCAUCCUGUUGCCAUCUGGUAGAAGGUGUAUGAGCAUCUGUGCCACAACCAGCAGACUCCGCAAGUUUCUUCCCGAAGGCAGUCAGGCUACUCAACACCCUGCUGCCGCCCAACGCUCACCUGGCACAGUGAAACAGCGAAGCCAGCACUACGCUACACCACAACUACCUACAGCUCACAGCCAUGUCCAUGUCCACAUCCCGUCCUGU